AUGGAGAUUGCAUUUACAGGACAUGAAUUGGAAGGUGUGGAGCUACUCCUAGGAGAACGACUUCUUGACUUGGAGUAUGCAGACGACAUUGCCCUCAUCUGUGACAGCUCCCAGGCGUGUCAAGCCGCGCUGGACAAAUUAGCACUGGCUGUCAGUCGCUUCGGGCUUUGCUUUGCACCACCGAAGUGCAAAGCCUUCCUCCAGGAUUGGCAGGGUUCGCUUCCUGUGCUGACCCUUGGUGGGGAUCAGCUAGAAGUCGUUGAGAAAUUCAGUUACCUGGGAAGUUGUAUCAGCGCCCUUGGGAUCGAAGACGAGAUCACGAACCGCAUAGCGAAAGCUCGAAGUGCUUUUGCUAACCUUCGCCACCUAUGGCGACGGCGCGACAUUACUCUCGCCCUGAAGGGUAGAGUGUACAAUGCAGCGGUACGUUCGACCUUAAUUUACGGUUGCGAAACCUGGCCCCUAAGAUCGGCGGACAUGAAGAGGCUACUUACGUUCGACCAUCGGUGCCUUCACAGUUUGGCUCACAUCUGGUGGGAACACCGCGUGAGUAACGAGCGUGUUCGACGCCUUGUUUACGGCCUAGGAAAAGGGAAUGAACCGCUCAGCACCGUCAUUUCACUCACCAGGCUCCGAUGGCUGGGCCACGUGUUGCGCAUGCCAACCCACCGACUCCCUCGACGUGCGUUGUUUGCUCACCGGGGAUGUGGGUGGAAGAAGAGGAGAGGUGGCCAAGCGAUGACUUGGUCCAGAGGAAUGAAGGCCCUCACUUCGGAGCUGGCCUCAGUUGGAGCUUCACGGCUCCCUGGUUGGGGUCCAAAAGACGGUGAACACGUUUGGCUGGAUACACUUGCUGACAUGGCAAGGAGCCGACCUCAGUGGCGUUCCUGCUGCAUUCACUUGAAAAUUUUGCGCGAAGACAGCAAGUACCCUGGAUCUUCGAAGGUGGUUUAUUGGUUGCGUGGUUGUUUUGAUGCAAUUGACCGUCAAUAUUUAUUACUCUAUUUUCUAGAGGCGAAUCAGAUGCCGGUGACCCUAUGCAACCUUAUUCCUCUUGUAAAGUUAUCGAAUCUUACAACUUCAAGAUGCUCUAUUCUACUUCUUCUGUUCUUUUUGAGACCUAAUAUCUUGUCCAGGAGCGAGGAUGAAAGUGUUAAAACUGCAACGCUGAAUCUCUUAAAGACGAUACGUACAGCUGGGGAGAAGCUGAGAUCUUUGCCUCCUAAUAUUUACAUGACGAUGAGAUUGCAGUACCAUGAAAACACUCCUGAAGAUUAUAAGCCACCCGGCUUUCGGGACGCGGAAAACAUAUCGUUUGACUUCGAAGGUAGCCCAGUGAAUAUCCGAAUCGGGAAUGUCCAGACGGUACUGUCCACCAUAAGUAAGCAAGUGCAUUUAGCGAUUUACUCUGACAAAAGUCUGAAGAUGCAUAUGCAGGUCAACAGAUUCUUCCUGAAUACUUUAAAACGCCCCGAUGGGGAUUUAACCAGUCCAGCGGAUACGUCUCAGCACUUAGUUGAGAUGACCACACAGGGCCUGACCACCCAGGCUGAGAAGCAAAAUGAAGAUGAAGAGUUGGCCUCCUGCAUACAGAAGCAAACAUUGCAAUCGGAUGACAACGAGGAUGAAAUAUAUGACGUGAGGUGCCCAUGUGGUGUUCAUAAAGAUGAUGGCGUAAUGAUAGUGUGCGACGGCUGUGGAAUGUGGCAACAUGCGGUUUGUUUCCGAAUACUAGAAGAGUCUGAUGUACCAACUUCUCACAUUUGUGAACACUGCAGCGAAUCUCGAUGA